AUGAAGGUCAACAGCACUACUCUCGUAAUCCCGCUGGCUGUGCUGACUGCGUUGGCUGCUGGGCCACCAAUCCUCGCCCAGAGACAAUCAAGCUUGGAUGAUUUCAUCAGCUCAGAGAGAGAUAUAGCCCUACAAGGCGUUCGCAACAACAUUGGUGGUGGCGGAUCACUGGUCCCCGGCGCCGAUCCAGGGAUUGUGGUAGCUUCUCCUUCAAGGGAGAACCCAGACUACUUCUUCACAUGGACACGGGAUUCGGCCUUGACGUUGAUCAUGCUUGUGGAUGAAUACACCAAUGGAGACGGAUCUCUUCAGAAUCUCAUCGAAGAUUACAUCGACUCACAAGCCAUUCUCCAAACCGUUACCAAUCCUUCAGGAACACUGUACCCAGCUGGACUUGGACUUGGAGAACCCAAGUUUUAUACCAACAAGACUCGCUUUGAUGGCACAUGGGGCCGACCACAACGAGACGGGCCGGCUCUAAGAGCCAUCGCUCUGAUGGAGUACAGCGAUAGCCUUCUCGAGUCCGGAGAAGAAGACAGGGUGAAGAACGUGAUAUGGCCUAUUAUCUAUAAUGACCUGCUAUACGUGGGCCAGUACUGGAAUCAGACUGGGUACGAUUUGUGGGAAGAAGUUCAGGGCAGUUCCUUUUUCACCAUUAUCACCCAGCAUCGCGCUCUAGUGCAAGGAAGUAUACUUGCCAAGGAGAUUGCUCUGGAUUGCGCUCCAUGCGGACAAGCACCCGAAGUGCUCUGUUUCCUGUCCAGCAACUUUUGGAAUGCAACGGGAGGCUAUUUGACAGCUGACAUUAAUGUCAGCAAUGUCAAUCGCUCAGGAAUCAAUACAGAUCAAAUUCUAGGCUCGAUCCACGGUUUUGACAUUGAAGCAGCGUGUAACGCCAGAAACUUCCAGCCUUGCAACAGUUAUUCCUUGGCCACCCUCAAAGUAGUAGUCGACUCCUUCCGUGACAUCUAUCCUAUCAACAACGGUAUUCCUGUUGGAAAACCACUAGCUGUCGGCAGAUACCCCGAAGAUACGUAUUUUGGCGGAAAUCCAUGGUAUCUGACCACUCUUGCUGUGGCUGAGUUUCUCUACGAUGCAGUAGCGCAGUUUGAAAAGGCAAACUUGCUCACCAUUGAUGAUAUCAAUCUGGAAUUCUUCAAGGAUAUCUAUCCUAAUGCCACAACAGGAACCUACAGAGACAAUACCCUUGACAAUGUACUUGCCAGCAUGACAACCUACGCCGAUGGCUUUGUCUCUGUCGUGCAGCAAUACACCCCUCCCAAUGGAUCUCUCUCUGAACAGAUCAGCAAAACUACCGGAGAGCCUCUCUCCGCCUAUGACCUCACGUGGUCAUACGCAAGCUUUAUAACCAUGGCUCAGCGCCGUGAUGGAGAAUACGUCAGUUGGGGCUACAACGAAGCCGAACAGCCACCAGCGACGUGUUCUGCAACAUCUUACAACGCCACCGGCCAAUACACCCCUGCCACAGCUGCUGGUGCGCCAGAGGUAGACAAGUCUUGUGCUUCACAAGUUGAGUUCUCCGUCAUCGCCCCUACUACAUUCGGCCAAAAUGUCUACCUGGUCGGCAAUACUUCCUUACUCGGAGGAGCGGUCAAUGAUCCGUCCGCUGUCAUUCUUCCCAUGAAUCCAGGCCGAAUCACCCCGUCACGGCCGGAAUGGUUCAUCGAUAUCUACCUUCCGGCAGGAGUUCCAGUCGAAUAUCAGUACGUUCUUCAGCAGUCCGAUGGGUCAUUCACCUUCGACAGAACUACCUACGUGGUGGAUGUGUCGCCUUGCGGUGGGCCGUUGGUGAGGACUCAGGACACAUUCGAGACCGGGAGUUAG